AUGUUCCUUCGACGUCCAGUAAUAAUAUGUUACAGAAACAUCAGAAAGAUGAAACAUAUUUUAUUUAAGAAGCAGUUGGGUUUUACAAAUACCACUAUUGGUUUUAUACUGUACGGAUGUGGAGAUUUGACAGGACAGCUAUGUAUCGAAAAGCAAAAAAAAAUUAAUUACCAGAGAUUAUUUGCUUGUGCUUUAUGGGGUGGUACAAUCUCAAGUCUAAGUCAUUUUUUAUUUAAGACGUUGCAUUACAUUCCGUACUUCAAACAUUAUUCUCAUCGUCAAUCAGUAUUUUUAUUCUUAACUAUUUGUCCAUUGGAAGAUGGUGUGUAUUAUGCUGCCACCGGAUUUGUUGAAGGUCAAGACACGAGUUACAUCAAAGAAGAAAUCAAAGCCAAGUUUUUGCCUACUUUGUGCACUGACGUUUUCGCAUACUAUCCUUUCUUGUACGUAAAUGUUCGAUUUGUCCCAUACCAUUUGAAAGUGACGGCCAAUAAUGUUUACUCCUUUGGAUGGAGCAUAUUUUUAUCGUAUAUGAAGCAUGAUGUCGACAAUCAGUUACAUCAGCAAAUUUUGGAAAAUAAUUAA